AUGGGCCGGGGCUCCCGAGGUACAUAUGGCCGGCCCUUCGGGUGUCUCGGUGAUACAAACAAAGAAAAGACGAUGGUUUUUAACAUACCCUUGAACAAAAAGCCAAUCCUUACCAAAGGAGGAAAUAGAAUAAUCUACCUUCUUUUUUCCUUCCCGUUGAUUCCCCCCGACAAUCAAGCUGCACUUCCUUCUAACAAGUGGCUGAGAGUUAGCAAGCAACCUUGGCCUCUUGGCAGGAGGUUCGCUGUCCCCCUCCUUUCCGGUCCGGCCGCAGUACGGCACCUGAACUCGAAGCUACGAUCAGAUCCGAUUGGAUCUGGUCCUAUCCGACCCAACCCCGGAACUUAG